AUAGGCUUCUGAGUUCGAAGUACGCUGGUCUGAUCAGCCCCGAUCAGUCCUUCGCUGCCAGUGUGAUGACAACCAAAACCGUCCACGGAAUCAUUUCCUCUCUCCCAAAAUGAGAACCUUAAUUUGUAAAAAUCCAAUCAAAUUCAGAAUCGCAAACUCCCAAAUAUCACCUUCAGGCUUCCCCUUCCGUUUUCCGUCACGAGAAAAUUUAAGGUUCCGUCACAUCUCCCGUGGCAAAUACUCUCACAUCCCCGGAAGAAGCAUCGACGUUUCUCCCGCCAAAGCUUCUUUAUCAGCUGAAUCCCCGAGUUACGGCGGGUGGGACGAUUUUGAACCUGGUAGUUGGUCUGCCAACUCGGGUGAGUCUGCUCAGUUUCGUGACUUCCUUGUUUCUAUCGGAAUCGACGAUAAGAGACAUGUCUUUAUGUUUUUAUUGGGACUUGUUUGUGCCUUGGCGAUUUCUAGGGUCAGAGUUUCUACAAUUAUUGUAUUUCCAGCUUCUGUUUUGGUUUUUGGUAUUGGGUUUUCGUUUGGUUUUGUUAAAGGAGGGAGCUUCAAUGAGUUAAGCUCAACUAAGAGAAGGUCAAAAGAGGAGAUUUUAAGAGGUUAUAGUGAUAAAUUGAGGAAUUUAGCUGAUUUUUUUUAUGGGUUUGACGUUGAAGUAAAUAAGUUGAAGAAUAAUAUACAAAGAGCUAUUGAUUCUAACAGAAUUACUAUACGCGAUUUGGAGAAUUAUGUUAGUUUAGUGGAAUCGAUGAGGCUAUCUGCUUCAAAUGCUAGAAAUGUUGUUGAAGCUUCUGUGGAUAACGUGGGGAACUCUUAUAGAGAGAAUCAGAAACCAUCAAGUAAGAAAAAGGAGCCUGGUGAAUUUGGGCUUCAGUGGUUGCAAUAUCUUGGGAAUUUUUUAGGAAAAAAAUCUGUGGCUUCAAAUCCUAAUAAAGUAAAAUAUGAUGUUAAGUCAGAGCGUGUGGAUACUGAUUUAAAUAAUCAAACUCGAGGAGAUGUUUCAUUCCCUCUUGUUGAAGAUAGAGUUUCUAGUUCACCAAAUAAGAGAAAAGGAGUUUCAAAUCAAGGCUUUGCUCAAGAUUCUUUAAAUAAUUAUGCUAUUAAUGGAGAUAGAGAUAAUAGAAUAGAUAUUGAUAUGGAGAAUGGGAAAAUAAGGUCUGAAUUUCUUGGUGGAAGAGCUAAGAGAUUUCUUGAAAGUGAAGGAUAUAAUUACGAGAGUAACAGAUUGCAGUUUGUGAAUACUCAUGGCAUCUCUUUUGACUCUAGUCAUGGUAAUGAGAGUAGAAGAUGGAAAUAUGAUGACAAUCUACUUGAUUCUGUGGAUUUUAGUGUCAGAUUGGAACAUACAAAAACUGAAGCCUUAUUUCUCCAUGAGCAGCUGCUUCAGAGAUCUAGUUGCAGGUCUUCCCACAAUGGAAAGAAGAGUGAGAAUGAGGCAUAUGGAAAGAGGCAGUGCUAUGAAGAUGAUUCCCACCUGGCUGAUCAACUAUCUGCGCAUGAGAAUGAGGUCAGCUCUUCAUCCUCAAAGUUUGCAGAUGAUGUGGUCUUUGAUAAGUAUCUUACAGAAGCUUGUGGUCUUCUGAAAGAAGCCAAGGAGUAUAUGAAGGGUAGACAUGAUGAAGAGCGUGUACAGAUCAUCUUGAAUAGGUCUGCCACAUUACUGUCACAGGCCAUCACGAUGAAGCCCAUGAGUCUGUUGGCUGUGGGCCAGUUAGGUAACACUUAUCUUCUUCAUGGAGAAUUGAAACUACAUGUUAGCCGUGAGCUGAGAACUCUUCUUGCUAGAAAUGAUCCCAUAAUUGGUGAGAUGCCACGAGGAAGAGUUCUCAAGGGACUAGAUGAUCAAUUUUUCAGUAGAGAUAAAUUUGUAUCCCUCCUAGUUAAUGCUUGUGAAGAGUGUGAAGCGCUCCUUGUGAGGGCUGGUCGAAAAUAUCGGCUGGCAUUAUCAAUUGAUGGAGAUGAUGUGAGAUCCCUAUAUAAUUGGGGUCUUGCUCUAUCAUUCCGUGCACAGUUGAUUGCAGACAUAGGACCAGAAGCAGCUUUUGAUGCUGACAAACUAUUCUUGGCUGCGAUUGAUAAAUUUGAUGCCAUGAUGACUAGAGGCAAUGUUCAUGCACCUGAUGCCCUCUUUAGAUGGGGAGUCACAUUGCAGCAAAGAUCUCGCUUAAGGCCUGGUAAUAGUAAAGAGAAGGUGAAGUUGCUACAGCAGGCUAAGAGGUUAUAUGAAGAUGCACUCCAUAUGGACUCCAAAAAUCUGCAAGUAAGAGAUGCCUUAUCAUCAUGUAUAUCUGAGCUCAACUAUAGGUAUUUUUAGCCAUUAUGAGAGCAGUCAUGUAAACUUGAAUGAUUCAUUCUUUCUAAGUUUCUCUGCUCGGGGCCUGUGGUAUUUGCUUAUUUUUUCUUUCCAAUGCAAAUCAACGUGCACGGCUUCUUGUCAUCAUUGUGUAAAAUAAACAAUAAUAUCAGUAAUAAUAAAAAGGCAAUUGAAAA